CAGAACUAGGGGCUCUCCCGGGAGGGAGCGGGGCGGGUGGAGUGUGAGCUGGAGGGGAACGCAGUCGCGCAACGAGCAGCCGCCCUGGCUAUAAAUCCUGGGGGGCGAAGCCAAACGGAUCCAAGCCUUAGGACAGUCCUGCGCGCAGCCACCCAAGGGACUGAGGCUGCUGCCGCCGCCUUCUCGCAGCAGCAAUAGUAGCUGCAGCACACCCAGGAAGGUGAGGCGCGCGUGGCUUCCCCCAGGGCGGAGAUUCGUGGAUGCCGAGCUGCCCAGCCCGUCCGAGAGACAGAGAGAGAAGAGAGGGAGAAAUCCGCAGUUGCACAGCCGCUUCCAGCGCAUCUCGCCAAGCCUUGCAAGUUUCUCCUCUCGCCUUAUGAGCUUGGUAUUAAUUUUCCAAAUACCCUCCACCUGAACUUAUAAAGAUGCUCCUAAAUAUGUCUACAGAAGAGACAGUGAAAAGAAUUCACGUGGACUGCCCCUCAUUGGGAAGGCACAACUACAUGCUAAUUGUUGUUCCAACUGUUUACACCAUCAUUUUCAUCAUAGGUAUAUUUGGAAACAGUUUGGUGGUGAUUGUUAUUUACUUCUUCAUGAAGCUGAAAACUGUGGCAAGUGUCUUUCUGUUCAACUUAGCGCUGGCUGAUUUGUGUUUCCUCGUGACUUUGCCAUUGUGGGCGGCCAAUGCUGCCAUGCAAUACCGCUGGCCCUUUGGCAGUGGCUUGUGCAAGUUAGCUUCGGCCGCAGCAACCUUCAACCUGUACGCCAGCGUGUUUCUCCUGACGUGCCUCAGCAUUGACCGUUACUUGGCCAUCGUGCACCCAAUGAAGUCCCGACUUCAGCGCACGAUGCUUGUUGCCCGGGUAACUUGCAUCAUCAUCUGGCUGAUGGCGGCACUUGCCAGCUUGCCUGUGAUUAUCCACCGUACCGUAUACUUAAUUGAAAAUGAAAAUAUAACGGUUUGUGCUUUUCGGUAUCAGACCCCCUCCAACACAACCAAUGGCACGACACUGAAAGUUGGAUUGGGCUUAUCGAAGAACAUGCUGGGGUUCCUGAUCCCCUUUGUGAUCAUUUUAACAAGCUAUAUAUUAAUCUGGAAAGCCCUGAAGAAAGCAUACCAGAUUCAGAAAAACAAGACCAGAAACGAUGAUAUUUUCAAGAUGAUUGUUGCAAUUGUCCUUUUCUUCUUUUUUUCUUGGGUUCCUCAUCAAAUAUUCACUUUUCUGGAUGUGCUGAUUCAACUCAGUGUGAUCACCGAUUGUAAUAUCAUCGACAUUGUGGAUACAGCGAUGCCUUUCACGAUUUGCUUAGCGUAUUUUAACAACUGCCUAAAUCCCCUCUUUUAUGGCUUUUUCGGAAAGAACUUCAGGAAAUAUUUCCUCCAGCUUCUGAAAUACAGCCCCCACAAUGUCAGACAUGCUAGCUUCACGACAAAGAUGUCUUCUCUUUCCUAUCGACCUUCAGAGAACUUAAUCCUAACAACCCCCAAAAAUGGGUUCUUGGACACUGAGUGAUGACUUGGCGGCGCACGUUUUCCACUACCUAGUUGGCCAGCACAGUGAUGUUCACCCAGAGUCCCAACCACCACAGCUUUAAGUGUUUAACCAUCUGAGACACAUUGUCCUAUUCAAACUGAGCAGUGGCCUCUCGUUUCGUCUUGUGAAGAGGAUUGUUGGUUGUUUACAUCAAAUGUUAAUGAAAGUAAGUAAGCUGAGGUGUUCACCAUCAGCCUGCCUUUCUAAAGCUUGGGGGACAAUAGUAUGUGGAAGAGCUCUUGAAAUGUGCUAGGAAGUGUGGUCCAAUUCAUUCUAUCAAGGCUCUGAGAUUUGCUUUGAACAUGCAUAAGCAACUCUGACAUUGCCUUUUGGGACCUAUUACACAGGAG